CCUCACAUAGUUAUAGUUUUCACAUGAUUACAUAUCAUUUUAUUUAUUGGUUUGUUAACUACACACAGUAUUGCUGUGUUACUCUAAUAUUUUUAAUACAGUAUUUUUUCAGUAAAAAUCAAAGACACACACUGUCCACACUAUCUGAGAAUCUCUUUGCGUAAAAUAUGUGUAAAAAGUUUAAAUCUUCUUUUUCAUGCCCGAAGAGCAAUAGAAAACAUCCUGAAUGAGGUUGUCAUAAUUCAUGCAUGAAAGGGUUAAGGCAAAUAAGGUAUAUCCCCCCACCCAAUUCAAUGUAUCAGUUUACCUAAAAGUGUACAAUCAUCUAUAUUAAUACAAACUGUUAGAGAGACUCGCAUAUCUGCUUAAAGAAAGCAAAUGUCCUUCGCAUGAUAGGAGUCAAGGAGCCAGUGGCCUGACAGUUUUUUGUUCUAAAAUAGCUUGUUGAUUAAUGGCCAUGUCAUUUUCUAUAUGGGGAAAAAAGGAUAUGGAGUCAGGGGCAGCGAAGGGCAGGGAGAUAAGCGUCUGACGGCCCUCAAGUGGCCAAUUCCAUUCCACUCAAUAUCAUAGAUUUUUGUGUAAUCAAUUGAUGUAUAAACAAUGCAGUGGGAUUUUUGGGCCAUUCAUGGCACGGAGGUCAAUGUUGUGCAUCUCUCUUGGGGAAAUGCAUGCAUGCAACAACAUGAAAAACAGAGGAAUAUAUCUGGUUAGUGUAUACAUAGCAUUCUGGCCAAGAAGUCUGAGUUUACUGAUCAAAUAUUGUACCAGUUGCCAUUUUUUACUGCUGUGAAAAAUGUUUGCAUAUGAUUUUUGUAUUUGGUUUAUUUCAGUUUAUUAUCCAAUAUGUUUGUUUUCUUGCAUUUCCUAGCAAGGAUUUUGUAAUGUUUUGGCCACAUGUGGACAUAAGUUUGUUUUUGGCUCUGAAACGCUGUCUCCUAUCUCCUAGAUGACUCGUGUCUCCUUCAAUAAAGCAUUGAUUAUGGGGAAGGUGACAUGAGAAUUAGGAUGCAGAGAAGGUAUCAAGUGGCCUAUAUGCUUCCUCGACUGCACAAAAGAAUCUCCUGUUGCCCCUCCAUCCAUAUCUUCAAUCAAACUUGGCUAGUUUAGGACCUUUGGUUUAAUCUUGAGGGGCUUUAGAAGCUGUCCACAAAAAGCUAUUGUAUCUUACUUAAUUAUAACCUCAGAAAUGAUCUGACCUGCCCGGUGCCAGGUGCAGUGAAGUGUGCAAAAGCUUGCAUGCCAUGAGGUCCCAUUGGUUAGGGAAAGAAACACUAGAUGCCCAUCGUGAUCGGAUAAGUGGAAAAUAACCUGACAAUGUUAGAUCUGGAAAAAAGAAAAAAGAAGAGAAACUUCAGUAAGGACCUAAUGGAAAGUUUUCCCUCCCCUCUUGGUUUCGGAGACUUCUGGGUACCCUAAAAAGGGAGCAAUAUGAGCCCCGAGCCUUUUUUUUUUCUAUCUUUUUCCUUUUUUUAAUUUCACUUCCCACACCACCCUGUGAGUCUGAGCCCAUUUGGAAGGUUACUGUUCAAAGUCAGCAUGGAUCAUCCAGGAGGACACCUUGCAGUGGUUCUGUUCCUGCUUGUUCUGGUUUCUAUGUCCACUGAAAACAACAUUAUCAGAUGGUGCACAGUGUCAGAUGCCGAAGAGCAGAAGUGUUUGGAUCUAGCUGGAAAUGCCACAGCCAGGAACAUCCGCGGACAUCUUCUGUGUGUGAGGGGCCAAAGUCCCACCGACUGCAUGAAGCAAAUUAAGAACGGCACUGCAGAUGCCUCAACUAUGUAUGCAGAUGAGAUCUACACGGCAGGGUUUUGCUAUGGCUUAGAUGUGGCUGUGGGAGAGUCUUAUAACGGUGUGGAUGGCAUUAAUUAUUACGUGGUUGCUCUGGCGCGGACAUCAUCCAGUGAUCUGUCGCUGCUGGAGAUGCACGAGCGCAGCUCCUGUCACCCAGGGAUGAGGACCACAGUGGGCUGGACCGUCCCCAUCGGCUUCCUGGUCAACACAUCACAGAUCAGUGUGGAUGAGCAGUGCAACUUUCCCCAUGCGGUUGGGGAUUUUUUCGGCUACAGCUGUGUCCCAGGAGUGAAGGACCCAGAACAUGAUCCUAAAGGAAACAACCCCAGGAACCUGUGUGAGGCCUGCAUCGGAGACGAGAACGACCGUCACAUCUGCGCCAACAACCCUCGGGAACGGCACUUCGGAGAGGCUGGAGCUCUUAGGUGUGUGGCGGAGAAUCUGGGGGACGUUGCCUUUGUGAAGCACACUACAGUCUUCGACAACAUGCAGGGUAAGAACCAGGAGUCGUGGGCGCUGGACCUGGAGCUGGAGGACUUGAAGCUCUUGUGUCCUGACGGGAGCGAAGCGAACCUGUUCCAACACGAGCGCUGCCACCUGGCUGUCGUGCCAACCAAUGCUGUGGUAGUGCGUUUGGAGGACAAAUGCCGCGUUUACAAGUUCUUGGAACGUGUGCAGAAUGCGUUUGCGAACGCCACUGAAGGAUUCUCUCUGUUCAGCUCGGUGAAUUACGGCCAGCCUGAUGUCCUGUUCAGCGACUCCACCAGAAAGCUGCUGCGUGUGAUGGGGACCUACACGUCCUGGCUGGGCUCCAGUUACACCACCAUCCUGAAGGCCUUCGAGUGUGAAGGUUUGUGUUGAUCUGAUGAGGAAAGAGGAAACUACAGUCUCCGUCUCUCUCACACGAUGCCUGAAGCACUCUGUGUAAAGCGUGCUGCUCUGAACGCCAGCCUGUGUUUUGUAGUACUGUUAUUACUGUUCUGUCCUCACAGUCUUUCUAUGGCUUCUUAUAUCACAUUUAUUUCACCUCUUUGAGUUCCUGCCAUAUGAAAAAUACAAAAAUAAACACAAAAAGAUCAAAACUUCUGCGCAAGAAAAGCACUGGAGGGGAACACACCACAAUCCAUCAAGGGUAUUUUGCUUUGACUGUUGUUAGUUAAUCCUUGUCAUUUUUUACAGUCCAGGCGAAGAUAUCUGAGCAAAAAAAAGACAUGAUGUCUGCAUUCAGGGCCAAAGCAUACUCUAUACAAGUACAUGAACGCAGAUGCCUUUGGUUAAACAAAUCUGAUUUCACAUGUUUUUCGUUAAUGUAUCAGACUAAAGGUAUGUGUUGUAUUUUCACUGUUGCUGUAGCAGGAAUUAGUGUCUUUUACAGUUUUCUGUUUCAGAUCAGCUAGUGUUAUAUAGCUGAAUAAUGUUAGGCAUUAGAAGUGAACUGCUGCACAUUUGAAUACACAAUGCAAGAAAACAUUCACUGCUCAAAUCAAGAUACUUGAGAAGGAAAAUUACUUAAGAUAUUGUCUUCUUUUCUGAGUGAGUUUAAGCUUAAAACAAGACAAAAUAUCUGCCAAAUGGGGUCGGUAAAAUAAACUAAAUUCAAAGGAAAACGGGUUUAUUUUUCUUACCCCAUUGGCAGAUAUUUUUUCUUGUUUUAAGCAUAAGCUCACUUGAUUCAGAUUCCCCCCUGCCAUAAAAUAAGUCUUAAUUAGGGAUGCACUGAUAUGAAAAUUUUGGCUGAUGCCGAUAACCGAUAAUUCUUUAUAUUUGAAAGCCGAUAACUGAUAUAUUAGCCGAUAUAUCUAAAUCCGAAAUUUUUAUAUAAAUUAUGAGAGCCUGAUUACAAAAGUCUCAAAUUUUGGCCGAUACGAUAACGAUAUAUUGGCCGAUAAAUCUAAAUAAAAUUUGUAUAUAAUUCUUGAGAGCCUGAUGACAAAAACAAAAGUCUCAAAUUUUAGCGGAUACCGAUAAUUCUUUAUAUUUGAAAGCCGAUAACCGAUAUAUUGGCAGAUAAAUCAAAAUUUUUAUAUAAUUUUUG